UCUGCAAAAGUUACCAGCCGAGUCUGUUGGCUCUUCUCUCUCCCUUAAAGGGUUUGGGGACCAGGGAAGAACCCCAUGUGGCGUUUGGCUCUCUCCUCCUCCCAUUCGCCCCAGUCCCUCAUCGUUUGAGUCAGACGCUGGGGCCAAAAGUCUGGGAAAGCCGUAAGUCUGGCUGCCUGUUUAGCGUGUAGUAGUGAGUACUCGGUUUCCGGAGGUAUUUAAGCAAAGACUGGAGUUUGGCGGUGGUGGAGUAUAAGCCUUCCUAAACGGAAUAAUGUAGUAGACAACCCCUUUUAAAAGGCCCUUCUAGCCGUGAAGAGUAUGAUGUAGAGUUUGGUCGGAGAACAUCAACCUCCAGCAACAACCCCGCCGGCACUUCCUACUCAAAACUAAAAUACAGGAGAGAGUGGGUCAGUUUUCAGUAUCCGUGGCGUGACAGUCACUGAGGUAGAUCUGCAGAAGCUUCGCCCUAAUCACGCAGGGCGUGUCGGUACUUACUCGUUCUCACGCCCUUGGUCUGCAUCCUCUAGAGCUCUUUGAGUACACGCCUCCUCGGAUGCAAAAACCUUUUCAGUUUCUAAUGAAGGCAGUUCCUCAUCAGCUACUCAGAACCAAGAAAAAUUUGCCAGAUCAAUCUCUGUAGAAACCCUUAUCUGGGCCUGGAAAUCCCGGGAGCAAGUGUCAAUUUGUCACUCCUUAAGGACAUGAAAGUCCCAGAAACUUGAUGGUGGUGAAGUGCUGGCGGUUAUUUAGAAAGACUGACAAUCUAAAAGAUCGCCUGGGGCCUUGGCCUGAGAUCUGGGAGCCUGUGAAGUGACUGGGAAGCCAUGGACGCAGCUGAGAAAGAGGAAAUCAGUGUUGAAGAUGAAGCUGUGGAUAAAAACAUUUUCAAAGACUGCAGCAAGAUUGCUUUCUACAGGCGUCAGAAACAGCGGCUCUCCAAGAAGUCUACCUAUCGGGCAUUACUAGACUCAGUCACAGAAGGCAAAGAGAGCACCAGGUUCCAAAUCAUCAACAAAGCAGCUAAGGUUCCUCUCCUGGCUGAAGUUUAUGGUAUAGAGGGAAAUAUUUUCAGGCUUAAAAUCAAUGAAGAAACACCCUUGAAACCCAGGUAUGAAGUUCCUGAUGUCCUCACAAGCAAGCCAAGCACUGUAAGGCUGAUUUCAUGCUCAGGGGAUACAGGCAGUCUUGUAUUGGCAAAUGGAAAAGGAGAUCUGAAGUGUCACAUCACAGCAAACCCAUUCAAGAUAGACUUGGUAUCUGAAGAAGAGAUUGUGAUGAGCAUAAACUCCCUGGGCCAAUUGUACUUUGAGCAGCUGCAGAUUCCUCCCAAGCAAAGCAGAGCCACCAAGGAAAAUGAGGAGGAUACAUCAGAUGAUACCACUCAGGAAAAUCAAGAGGAACUGGGCCUGUGGGAGGAGAAAUUCAGAAAUUUUGUGGAUGUCAAAGAUAAUGGUCCUGCCUCCAUUGGUUUGGAUUUCUCCUUGCAUGGGUUUGAGCAUGUCUAUGGGAUCCCGCAACAUGCAGAAUCACACCAACUUAAAAAUACCAGUGAUGGAGAUGCUUACCGUCUUUAUAACCUAGAUGUCUAUGGAUAUAAAAUACAUGACAAAAUGGGCAUUUAUGGUUCAGUGCCUUAUCUCCUGGCCCACAAACUGGGCAGGACUCUAGGCAUUUUUUGGCUAAAUGCCUCAGAAACACUAGUGGAGAUCAACACUAGUGGAGAUACAGAGCCUGCUGUAAAGGAUGCAUUGACCCAGACGGGCCCAGUUGCUGUUAAACAAAAGGUCAGAUCUCAAACUGAUGUGCACUGGAUGUCAGAGAGUGGAAUCAUUGAUGUUUUUUUGCUGACAGGACCUACACCUUCUGACGUCUUCAAGCAGUACUCAUACCUUACAGGCACACAAGCCAUGCCCCCUCUCUUCUCCUUGGGGUACCAUCAGUGCCGCUGGAACUACGAAGAUGAGCAUGAUGUAAAGGCAGUGGAUGCAGGAUUUGAUGAACAUGACAUUCCUUACGAUGUCAUGUGGCUGGACAUAGAGCACACUGAAGGCAAGAGGUACUUCACCUGGGACAAGAAAAGGUUCCCAAACCCCAAAAGGAUGCAAGAGCUGCUCAGGAGCAAAAAACGUAAGCUUGUGGUCAUUAGUGACCCCCACAUCAAGAUUGAUCCCGACUACUUAGUGUAUGCUAAGGCCAAAGAACAGGGCUUCUUUGUGAGGAAUCAUGAAGGGGGAGACUUUGAAGGUGUAUGCUGGCCUGGUCUCUCCUCUUACCUGGAUUUUACCAGUCCCAAAGUCAGAGAGUGGUAUUCCAGUCUUUUUGCUUUCCCUGUUUAUCAGGGAUCUACUGACAUCCUCCACAUAUGGAAUGACAUGAAUGAGCCCUCUGUCUUUAGAGGGCCAGAACUAACCAUGCAGAAGAAUGCCAUUCAUCAUGGCAACUGGGAGCACCGAGAACUUCACAACAUCUAUGGCUUUUAUCAGCAAAUGGCCACUGCAGAAGGACUGAUCCAACGAUCUAAAGGGAAGGAGAGACCCUUUGUUCUUACACGUUCUUUCUUUGCUGGAUCACAAAGAUAUGGUACUGUGUGGACAGGUGACAACACAGCAAAGUGGAGUUACCUGAAAAUUUCUAUCCCUAUGUUACUCACCCUCAGCGUGACUGGGAUCUCUUUUUGUGGAGCGGAUGUAGGCGGCUUCAUCGGGAAUCCAAAGGCAGAGCUGCUAGUGCGGUGGUACCAGGCUGGAGCCUACCAACCCUUCUUCCGUGGCCAUGCCACCAAGAACACCAAGCGACGGGAACCCUGGCUCUUUGGGGAGGAGCACACCCGGCUCAUCCAAGAAGCCAUCAGAGAGCGCUACACCCUCCUGCCCUACUGGUAUUCUCUGUUCUACUCUGCACACGUGGCUUCCCAACCCGUCAUGAGGCCUCUGUGGGUAGAGUUCCCUGAUGAAGUAGAGACUUUCGGUGUGGAAGAUGAAUACAUGCUGGGAAGCGCUUUAUUGGUUCACCCAGUCACAGAACCAAAAGCUACUGUGGUUGAUGUGUUUCUGCCAGGAUCAAGUGAGGUCUGGUAUGACUCUAAGACAUUUGCUCAUUGGGAAGGAGCAUGUACUGUAAAGAUCCCAGUAGCCUUGGACACGAUACCAGUGUUUCAACGAGGUGGAAGUGUGGUACCAAUAAAGACAACUAUAGGAAGAUCCACGGGCUGCAUGACUGAUUCCCCUUAUGGACUCUGGGUGGCCCUAAGCACUAAGGGUUCUGCCGUGGGUGAAUUCUAUCUCGAUGAUGGUCAUUCAUUCCAAUACCUCCACCAGAAGCAAUUCUUGCACAGGAAGUUUUCAUUUGCCUCAGGUGUUUUGAUCAACAGUUGUGCUGACAAGAGGGGUCAUUAUCCCAGCAAGUGUGUGGUGGAGCAGAUCUUGGUCCUAGGCCUCAAGAAGCAGCCAUCUUCUGUGACCAGCCACUCACCUGAUGGUAAAGCUCAGCCUGUGGCUUUUACAUAUUGUGCCAAAACGUCCACCCUGAACCUGGAGAAGUUCUCACUGAACAUUGGUGCUGACUGGAAGGUCCAAAUCCAGUGACAGAGCAGUGCACCUGGUGACAAGUGAUGGGAGCAGCUGCACCUUUCUGUCUUUCCACGGGCCUUUUUUUGCGAUUUGUGCUGCAUGCUAUUGACUUCUCUGGCUCAAAGUCAUCUUUCAUAAGUCACCAGUUUACUAACGAACAAUAGCUUUCAGAUUUUUCAGAUGUUACAUUUUUAGAUGUACUAAUAAUACUCUUUGUGUCACACACGCCCUCUUCUCCUACAUGCAAGUGGCCCAGAGACAUUUAUAGCAUUCACAGAUCUCGCAUUGCUCCGUGGGCCAUGACCUGUGGUAUGCACUCUGGCCCAGUGGGCAGUUUCUCUUUGAGCACAGCUGGAUGGGUUUGUUUUAUGUGAGAAGUGGGCCAAGCCCACCCACCUUGUGGAAGCUUGUCUCAGUCCAUGUGGCAGAGCCACUUGGGCUCCAGCAGCUGAGCUGCUCAAGGCCUAUCUCCAAGUGGACAGCAGCUUCUGGUGCCUCCCCACCCCAGUUAUCUUUUACCCACUUAGACCUGGACAAGACAACCUUUUCUGCUUAGAGUGUAUUCACUGCAGCAACAGGGAGUUACUCUACCCUAGAGACUGACUCAGGAACACAAAGGGCUCUUUUCCCUGUCAUGUUUUUUGGGGUCCAAAGUUCCAAAUUAAUCUCCUUAAAAUUCUCAUUUCUUUAUAUUAAUUUUUUUAUUAAAUAUUGUCCACUAACCAAAGCUUAUUUGUAAUAUGAGUAAGCUAUAAUUUAAAAUAAUAAAAUAAUUACCCAUGUCCCCACCCUCAAACUUCAGAAAUAGAACACAGGGCCGGGAUGAGGGGGAGGCAAGUAAGGCACUUGCCUGGGGCACAAAAUUUAAGGGGAUGCCCCAAAUCACAGUAAUCAAAAUAAAUAAUAUUUUAAUGCAAUAUUUUUAAAAAUCAAAAUUAACAGCAGGGCUUCCCUGGUGGCGCAGUGGUUGAGAGUCCGCCUGCCGAUGCAGGGGACGUGGGUUCAUGCCCCGGUCUGGGAAGAUCCCACAUGCUGCGGAGCGGCUGGGCCCGUGAGCCAUGGCCGCUGAGCCUGCGUGUCCGGAGCCUGUGCUGUGCAACAGGAGAGGCCACAACAGUGAGAGGCCCGCAUACCGCAAAAAAAAAAAAAAGACAAAAUUAACAGCAAAAAAAAAUCCAUGAUGAACAAAAUAUCAAAAUUUUAAAUAAGGACAGGAUCGAUAGUACUGCGUUUUACUUUUGCCUCAGACUCUAGUACAGCGUGGCGUGGGCUAGAAGACUACACUAUGCCAGUUCCCCAGGAUGCUCCCCAGGGACACCCUGUGGCCACAGCAUCUGCUGGGGCAGUCACAUGUCCUCAGCACUGCUCAACAUGCACAUUUGCUUAUCAGGCUUCUUCCACUCAGCAGCUUGCCAACUGUCACCUCUAUGCCUCUGUUCCCUGGGUCCCAAUAUCCACGGUCUGCCCUCCACCUAUGCAAAUCCUACCAUCCAUCCAGGCCCAACUCAAAUCCCACUUCCCCACAGAGCCUUUCUAACUACCCUAACACCCUCAACUCCCCUUUACUAUGAGCAGUGAUUUUGCCCUUCUCUGAAAUGCUGCCCCACUUAUAAUAUGCAUUCUGCUUAGCAUUCUCAGGGAUGGUGCCUCAGUGUUUCAGGUUUGUCUGUCUUGUUCCCUUACUAGAUUGUAUGUUCUUCAAGAUCAUGUUAUAUUUGUCUUAUAUCUGCCAGAGCACGAUUAUACUUGGCUUUUAGUAAUGGUUGGCUGUAAUUGGUUGACUGAUGGAUUUAUUUAAAAUUGAGAAUUGAAUGUAUUUGUUUCUAAUUUACUCUUCUGACCUAGAACUCUUCCCUCCAGAUAUAGUAAACAUUACACAUUUCCUCAUGGACACAUUUGAUUGUAUCAGUUGAGAUUUGAGCUUUGCACCGUAUAUAAGCGCACAUAGACAUAUACAGAUUCUUUGCUCCUAUUUCUGUAAGUUUUGCAAUUAAGGAGAAAGGAAGAAGCCUCCAUUAGCUGAAGUCCGAUUUCCCAGCUCCAAGUUUCCCUUGCCAAGCUACAGUAAGACUUAAACUGAAAACUGAAUGCUCUUACCUAAUAUAAAUGAUGGUUUUUAACAGCACUUAAGGCUGAAUAAUUAAGACCUAUCUUCAGUUCAACAUUUAUUAUGUGUCUAUUAUUCAUCCAUUUAAAAUAUUUUUGGAGGAAGGAAUGAAAUAAGAACUUUAGAGUAGGUUAGUGAGGAACUGCUCUGUCUUGGCCCAGAACUAUCCUGAAAGGUUUAACUAGAUACAUUGAAUGGAGAGAAAUACAUCCUGGGUGUUCUUAAAUGUUAUCUGCUCUUAUUGCUUCUCACACUUUACCCCCCUCCUAUAUCUGAAGCUCAGGACCAGAGAGCUAAGCGGGGCCGAGUUGGCCUACAGUGUUGAGUUACCUUGUGGCUAAUUCUCGAUAUGUUUUCUCAGGAAACUGGAUUUUAUGUAAGAACUUAGAAUCAUUUUAACAAAGAUUCAAACAAAGCUCUAAAAUGAAUAUAUAAUGUGUCUUUCCUUUAAGACUUAAAUGCCAAGGAAUGAGUUGACAAAUCAGUUUAAACGUUAGAAACUGCUCAAAAGAAAUAUGGGCAAAGGUAAUUCAUAAAAGAAAUUGAAAUAGGCAAAAUAAGCAUGAAAUACGCUCAGCAUUGUUAAUAUUCAGAGAAAUGGGGGUGUCCAUGAUUGGCCAAGAUUAAAAUGAAAAUGCUAAUGCUGGUGUGGAGAAUAGGCAUUUUCGUGCAUCAUUGGUGGAAUUAUGCUAAGUAUAAUCUUUCUGGAUGGCAAUCUGGCAAUAGCAUCAAAAUUUUAAAUUUGCUUUAACCCAGAAAUU